AUGUUGGAUCUUAAUACUGAUGUAGCAGUGUCUUUUGAUGAUUCUGGUAAUAAUUGCGAUCGGGUUGAUUUUGAGAGUAAGGAGAACGUUUUGGAAGAUCGUCAGUCGGAGAUUCAUUCCGGUACUUCAGUUUCAUCAGACGUUUUAAACGCCGACGAUGAUCUUCCGCUCGCCAAUGCUGCCGACGCUGACGACGAAGACGCAGUAUCGUAUACUGCUUAUAGAAAUAUCGAGAAGCGCUCUUAUCAUUUCGGUAUCGUUGAUCGACCAGGAUACGCGAAAGAGAUUUCUAAUGGAACAUCUGGUGGUUUGACUACGAGGCAGUUUUUUCCGGUUGUCGAAUUGGAGUUGGAGGACGAGGAGUUAGGUUCUCGAUCAAUAACAUCAUCGCCGUUGGCAACGUCUAUGCUUGGAUCGCACUGGUUGAAUCUCAUGGUUCCGGAACCUGCGCAGGCUCCACAACACCUGCAAGUGCCGUCGCCGGCACCGCAGCAGGCCAAGAAAAGCCGGCGGGGACCAAGGUCUCGAAGUUCACAGUAUCGUGGUGUGACGUUUUAUCGUCGGACUGGUAGAUGGGAAUCACAUAUCUGGGAUUGUGGGAAACAAGUUUAUUUAGGUGGGUUUGACACUGCCCUGGCUGCAGCUAGAGCCUACGACCGGGCUGCUAUCAAGUUCCGGGGAAUUGAUGCUGAUAUCAAUUUUCAUAUAAACGAAUAUGAGGAAGAUAUGACACAGGUUAAAAAUUUGUCUAAAGAAGAAUUCAUCCAUAUACUGCGUAGGCAGAGCACUGGAUUCUCACGAGGAAGUUCAAAAUACCGGGGAGUAACCCUUCAUAAAUGUGGCAGAUGGGAGGCUCGCAUGGGUCAGCUUCUUGGGAAAAAGUAUGUUUACCUUGGAUUAUUCGACAACGAAGUAGAAGCUGCAAGGGCUUAUGACAAAGCUGCUAUAAAAUGCAAUGGCAGGGAAGCCGUCACCAACUUUGACCCAAGCAUUUAUGGAACAGAUAUAAGUUUGGAAGCCAGGGAUGAAGCAAGUGGUCACAAUCUUGAUCUCAACCUUUGGGUUUCUCCCACUACAGACAGUCAAAAGGGGAAUGACAAUGUUCAGAAGAUGGAUAUGUGCUUUACAGCUUGUGAAUUACCUUCUGAGAAAAGACUCAAGGUCCAGACUCGUGUUCCCGCUUGUAUGGGUGGACACACGGGAGUAUCCAAGCACUACCCCAUAUGGCCUACUUCUAGCAUGUAUUCUGGUUUCAUACCAAAUUAUGAGGGAAUAGCAAUGGGAAAGGAAGGUGCAAGCGUGGUUCCUUUAAACUCAGCAUGGCAGGUUCAAAUGCUGAGAGGACAUGGUGUGUCUCUUCAACUUCCAGUUUCUGUUUCAUCUACUGCAGCAUCAUCAGGAUUCUCUUCAUCAUCAAAUAACAAGGCUUUUCAUCACGAUGCUUCCAUCCUGAUGCCUACGCCUGGGGGUAUUUCUUCCCCCCACUACUUCACCAACCAAAAUGGUUAAAACCACGUCUGUUGGUAGUAAUCACUGGCAUAUAAUAAUAAUCAUAAUAUGUCACACAAUUCAUUUCUCUGCUUUUGUCUUCGACUCUUGUGUGUAUAAACAAUACAACAAAUGACUUCAUGUUGUUUUUUACAACUUCUUACCAUCCC